AUGUUCGCCACCCGCCACCCGCCACCCGCCGCAGCACGUGCGUUUUCACCGCGCACCGCCCGUCCCGGGCCUUUCGCGCCAGCAUCCGUGCGCGGUCCGAGCCGGGUGAAGGUGGUGCACUCCCCGCUCCUCCCGCACUGGACGCUCCUUCCGCUGCUCACCCGCUGGGCCCGGCGCCGCGGCCCGCGGCCACGGAGCGGGUCACGCGGGGAAGUCCGCGAGGCCAACAGUCCCGUGGAUGCGCCUCCGGAUGACUUGGAUGACGAGGCCCACGGUCCAGCACGCCUGACGGAGCACGGUGCAGAGCUCUUCUGGGCCAACAGUCCCGUGGACGUGCCACGGUUGGAUGACGAGGCAGGGCUGAGCGCGGCAGGGCGUGCGUCACGGAUCCUUCGGAGCACCCCAUGGUGGAGGUGUGCGAGACCACGGAUGGCCGUGGGAAAUGUUUGA